AUGCUUGACAAUCAAAUACACACUAGAUCGUCGCCGUCGUCUAUUAUUGAUACAUUGGAUGCAUUAUUUAAAUAUAUUGAUGCAGCACCUAAGUAUCCUUGUAUUAUUGAUGGUUCCAUAAAUAACUCUUAUCAAUUAGAUGACUAUCUUGAUACUUUUAAUGAACAACAUACAAUUUUUAAUGAAUUAUCUACUACUGAUCAAAUGAAUAUGAAAAGUUCAUUUUCAACUAUUCGUUCUAUCAAUUCUUCUGAAGCAUGUUCAACAAGUUCAUUAAGAAAUAGUAAUGAAAUUUCUUUUAAUCCAAUGGAAUGGCGUAUCAGAGAUUUAUUAUUAAGAAAAUCACGACCUCCAAAAUUAGAUGAAUUUCUUCAUUUAUUACUUAAUAAUUUACGUUAUAUUUCCUAUGCAUCUUGGUUAAAUAAAGCCAAAGGUUUAUUUAAAAUUCAUAAACCAACUAAAGUUGUUGAACUUUGGAGAAAAAUUAAAAAUCGGAAAACAAGAUGUAAUUUGAAUUAUGAGAAAUUUUCACGAAGUAUUCGAUAUUAUUACAAUAAGGGGAUUAUGAUUCCAACACAUAGAAGAUAUACUUAUUGUUUUGCUGUUAAUAAAUCGUAA